AUCUCUUUCAAAAACAUAGACGAGAUCUUCUCUCUAUCUACAAACUUUCUAAAAGUCACGAGUCAACUCAACGAGUUACGUUUCAAAGGCAACACAGAGUUACGUACAAAGAAGUACUAAAACAAUGGGAGCUUGCGCUUCACGUGAAUCUCGGAGAACGGAGACGGCGAAGCUGAUAUUACCAGACGGAACGUUACAAGAGUUUUCAACGCCGGUAAAAGUAUGGCAGAUUCUUCAAAAGAAUCCUACGAGCUUUGUUUGUAACUCCGACGAUAUGGAUUUCGACGACGCCGUUUUAGCUGUUGCUGGCAGCGAAGAUCUCCAGCCAGGAGAAUUAUACUUCGUUUUACCGUUGACAUGGCUUAAUCAUCCAUUAAGAGCAGAUGAAAUGGCGGCUUUAGCGGUUAAAGCGAGUUCUGCCCUUGCGAAAAGCGGUGGAGGCGGUUUGAGUUACAAAGAUGAAGAUGUUGUUAGGCAAAUUCGUUGUGGUUACCAAAACGACGACGUGGUGAAGCAAAUGGCGAGAGUCGCCUUUGCCACAUCAUCGCCGCCGUUAAUCUCAUCAGUUCGUACACUCCGCCGUCAUUUCUCAAUUUUCGCCGCCGCGAAUCCAAAACUCCCAGAAAUGUCUCGUCCCUCUCACCACAGCUCUCUCGAAGUUAUCGGUGGAGGAAGCGAUCGUUUUUUACCGGCGUUAAAAGACUCACUCGCUAAACCGUACAAUGCGUUUCCUCUAAUCGGAUUUAACCGCCACGUGGAGACAAUCUACGCAGCUUUCUACCGCUCCGUUCCUUCCGUUAGACUCCGCCGUGAGUGUCUCAGAACCAAAGACAACGGCUCUGUUGCUUUAGAUUGGGUCGCCGGCGACGAUAGUUACCUUUCUCCUGGAUCUCCAAUCCUCAUUUUGUUGCCAGGUUUGACUGGAGGAAGUCAAGAUUCGUAUGUUAGACAUAUGUUGUUAAGAGCUCAAAGUAAAAAAUGGCGUUGUGUUGUGUUUAAUAGCCGUGGAUGUGGAGAUAGCCCUGUGACCACUCCUCAGUUCUACUCGGCUUCGUUUUUAGGAGACAUUGGUGAAGUGAUUGAUCAUGUUGGUGAGAAAUUCCCAAAAGCUAAUUUGUAUGCAGCAGGAUGGUCACUUGGAGGCAACAUUCUUGUUAACUUUUUGGGUCAGGAAUCUCAAAACUGUCCUCUCUCUGCUGCUGUUUCUUUGUGCAAUCCUUUUGAUUUGGUUAUAGCAGAUGAAGAUUUCCAUAAGGGUUUUAACAAUGUUUAUGACAAGGCCUUGUCGAAAUCUCUUCGUAGAAUAUUUAGCAAACAUUCUCUUCUUUUUGAAGACAUAGGAGGUGAAUUUAACAUUCCUUUGGCUGCAAAUGCUGAGACGGUUAGGGAUUUCGAUGAUGGCUUAACCCGAGUCUCGUUCGGUUUCAAAUCAGUGGAUGAGUACUAUUCCAAGUCGAGCAGCUCCAAAUAUAUAAAACAUGUCCGUAUACCCUUGCUUUGCAUUCAGGCAGCUAAUGAUCCGAUUGCUCCUGAUAGAGGUAUCCCUCGCGAUGACAUCAAGGCAAACCCAAACUGCGUGUUGAUUGUGACACCAAGAGGAGGGCACUUGGGAUGGGUGGCAGGUGAAGAAGCUCCAAACGGAGCUCCUUGGACCGACCAAGUGGUUAUGGAGUUUCUGCAAUAUGUAGAGAAUCGUGAAACCAUUAACGGGGAGAGAUCUUUUGACGAUGCUCAUCAGAUUCAAGUCUAAAACUGUCUCCAUUUUUCACUUGUACAUUGUUGCUGUGAACAAGAAUAACAAACAUGCAAAGAAUCAUAGUAUAUACGAAGACUUCUUGCAUUUCCCAAUAUGGAUGAUACUAUCUUAAAGUUCCUAAUAAUUAAGUUUUCAUGUC